CGAAUGGACCCAGGUGGGUGGCCCUCCAGUCCACCCAGUUUAGGGAAUGCCCCUGCCCCUUCCCCUCCCCUUUCACCUGGGUUUUAAGGGAGGGACUUUUAAGAGCUGCUGGAGCAGGGGCCAGUCGCAGCAGCUGCACUAGUCUCUGGAAGGAGUGCACUGAGCAAAAACUCUGACCAUGACUGGGAACAGUCUGCCCCCUCAGCCACUGCUCCUGAUGCUAACUCUGUUGCUCGCUGCGAGCUCAGGGUUUGCCUUAACGCGGUGCCCCGGCUGUGGGCCAGGGGUGCAGACCAGCUGUCGCGGGGGCUGCGUGGAGGAGGAAGAUGUGGGGUCGCCUACAGAGGGCUGUACAGAAGCCGGGGGCUGUCUCAGGAGAGAGGGGCAACCGUGCGGAGUCUACAUCCCUAAGUGCGCCCCAGGACUGCAGUGCCAACCACGAGAGAAUGAAGAGGCACCUUUGCGGGCGCUGCUGAUGGGCCAGGGCCGCUGUCACCGCGCCAGGGGGCUGUCGGAAGAGACAACAAAGGAAAGUAAACCCCAUGGAGGUGCCUCCCGCCAACGUGACACAAGCCACAGAGACCGGCAGAAGAAUCCAGGAACCUCCACCACUCCUAUAAGGCCCAAUCCAGGGAGUGUUCAUGACACUGAGAUGGGUCCUUGCCGAAGGCACUUGGAUUCAGUCCUGCAGGGCCUCCAGACUGAGAUCUUCCGAGGGGGGGCGCCCGGACUCUACAUGCCCAAUUGUGACCUCAGAGGCUUCUACAGAAAGCAGCAGUGUCGGUCCUCUCAGGGGAAUCGCCGUGGUCCCUGCUGGUGUGUGGAUCCAAUGGGCCGGCCCUUGCCGGGGUCUCCAGAUGGGCAAGGAAGCUCUCAGUGCUCUGCCAAGACCAGUGGCUAAAGCAGGGUGGGAGCCUCCAGGACACUGUCAAGAGUGCAGGGCUGUCAUCUGAGCUUUGUGUGGAAUGAUGAGUCACCAGGGGCUUUGUGCCCAUGUCCUAGCUUCAGGUCCCGUCCUAUUGUCCCCUCACCCUUGGGCCUUUACACAUUUAGUUAGAAAAAUUGUUAUUGACUUGGGGCAUUAAUAAAGCUGUGCUGGCGGA